AUGAGAGAAAUCAUUCACAUUCAGGCUGGCCAGUGUGGGAAUCAAAUUGGAACUAAGUUCUGGGAAGUGAUCUCGGAUGAGCAUGGAAUCGAACCGGAUGGGAGUUAUAAGGGCGAUUCGGCACUCCAACUUGAACGUAUUGACGUUUACUUUGAAGAAGCACAGGGUAAGAAAUAUGUGCCUCGUGCAGUGCUGGUUGAUUUGGAGCCAGGAACGAUGGAUUCGGUGCGUUACUCAACUUACGGAAAGCUUUUUCGUCCCGACAACUUUGUAUUUGGUCAAAGCGGAGCAGGGAAUAAUUGGGCCAAGGGUCAUUAUACCGAAGGAGCCGAGCUCGUUGAUGAAGUGCUGGAUGUUUUGCGAAAGGAAGCCGAAAGCUCGGAUUGUUUACAGGUAUCGGACGUAAUUAUAGAGCCAUAUAAUGCAACGCUGUCCGUGCAUCAGCUCGUCGAAAAUACAGACGAAACGUUCUGCAUCGAUAACGAAGCGCUCUACGACAUUUGUUUGCGAACACUAAAGCUUGCUGGGCCAACCUACGGUGAUCUCAAUCACCUAGGCCGUACGGAGAUAACGCGUAUUUUUGCAGUGUCGAUGACAAUGUCCGGAGUGACGACAUGCCUUCGAUUUCCGGGGCAAUUAAAUGCCGACUUGCGCAAACUCGCAGUCAAUAUGAUACCUUUUCCGAGACUUCACUUCUUCAUGCCUGGUUUCGCUCCAUUAACAGCUCGCAAUACUGCAGCCUACAGAUCACUGAAAAUUAAUGAGCUCAUUCAACAGGAACUGGAGACGCAAAUUUUGAACAUUCAAAAUAAAAAUGCAUCGUAUUUUGUGGAAUGGAUUCCAAAUAACGUAAAAACAGCGGUUUGCGAUAUACCUCCACGCGGCAUCAAGAUCAGUGCAACGUUUCUUGGCAAUACAACCGCCAUUCAGGAAAUAUUCAUCCGUAUCACUGAACAGUUCGAAGCGAUGUUUCGACGUCGAGCCUUUUUGCACUGGUACACCGGUGAAGGAAUGGACGAAAUGGAAUUUACAGAGGCCGAGAGUAAUAUGAAUGAUUUGAUUUCGGAGUAUCAACAGUAUCAGGAUAUAUCGGCUGAUGAGGAUUCUGAUGAAGCAGCUGGGAACCUUUUGCAGACGGAUCAUUCCUCGGGGCAACCCCAACAAGAAUGA